CGGGCGGGGAGGAGCCCACGUGUGGUGAGGGCCGGGAUGCCACCAGGAGAGCGGUGCCACGUGCGGGCUCUCCCGGGAUCUCUGCCCACCCACCCGAAGCCCUUUGGUCCUGCAGCUGAGCGAGCAUCUGAGGAAGGGAACCCAGAGGCCAGGCCGGCACAGGGGACGCCAGGGCAGCAGCUCAUCGCUGCCCGCACGCCUCCAGCACCCGCAAGGCCAGAUGCCCUGCUUCCCCCCGGGAGAAGGCACAGGUGAGCGGCCUGGGCCUCAGCCACACUGUCCUCGGCUCAAGGCAAACACUUCCCUACCAUCGGGCAGGGACGGGCUGUCUCUGAUCCCAGAUGUACCAUCACGCGUGCGCCGCCUCCUCAGGAAGCCCCCGCACUCCAGGAAUGACUCCAAGCGCUCUGAGUCACCCACCGCAGCUCCUUCCUGCAAGCUCACACUUACCUCUCGCAAACCACGCGUCCCACACCCACGGCACCUCGUGUCACAAAUAGACCCGACCUGUGAACACGUAUUCCCACUUCCCCCACCGUGUGGUCCCCCGGCUCCCGCUGCUGAUUCCAGAGGCGGCCAUGCCUGUGUCUGCCGUCAGCACCCGCUCCAUCCAGACUGCCCCGAGCAGAGCGAGGAGGCACGGCCGGCUCAGCGAGAGCACGUCAAACUCGGACCAGGUGAGAAGCGCCUCGGCUCUGGGGCCACCCACGCCUCCAGGAGGUGGGACCCACAGGACCUGGGCCAGGCCUUGGUCUCCGCUGCCACAUCUGGAGCCAGAAUACAAGCCCAGGAAGACACAGAGGCCGGUGGCCAAGGGACAUGAGAGGGAGAGAGAGCUGGUGACAGAGGGGAAGGGAGCGGGAGGGGGCGGGGCAGGCA